CGCGAAAGAAGGUUCACCAACACUGACAUGCCCAAGACGCUCGACAGCUGGCUGCUCCCCGCGAAGGCCGCGGCGCCCGGCGGUUCGUCCGAACGCUCACUCGAUCCCGUGCAGGCCCCAGCAACGGCCGCGGCGCCGCAGGCCAACAUCAAUGUACCGUCCGUGGCUGCUCCGGCGGCGCUCCUCGUGACGCCCGAGGCCCCGCUGCGCGGCAGCGUGAUUGCGUUUGCCGGCUGGAAGGGCGCCGAGGACGAGCUCGCCGAUCUGCGCAACGAGAUAUUGUCUGCCGGCGGCCGGCUGGAGACUUCUGCGGCUGGACACCCAGGUGCAGACCCGCCCACACACCUGCUGCUCGGACCCUCCACGCAGCCGGACGAGGAGGGCCCGAUGACUACAAGGAUGCGCGAGGAGGGCGUACCGGUCGUGGACGCCGCGUGGGUGACGCAGCAGUGCGCCUUGGCGGUUGUCCCGGGCGCAGGCACGGCAGAGGGGUCUCUCGCAGACGCGUCCGGCGAGGAGACGGAGGAGGAGGAGCCGCGGCUUGACGACGACGCGGCGGCGCAGGUGGAGUUCGAGGCGGACUUUGCGUCGACCGUGCCAACCCCCUCGAGCCUCCCCGCCGACUACGACGACCGGUGGGACCGGUCGCAUGUCCGCCUCCCUUGCUCGCCGCGCGCACGCUGCGCAGACGGCACCACCGCUCCAGAGGCGCCUCGGUGAACACUAGCGCCGCUUCUGCUCACAGACGUCCGCGAAUAGGCGCUCCGCUCUGGCCGGUGGUGGUUCGCGCGCUCUCUCGGCCGCCAGCGGACGUCGACGCGCUGCUCGAGACGAUGGCC